AUGGGUGUCCUCGAGAAGCUGUCCCGCAAGACCGGCGUCAUUGUCGGCGAUGACGUCCUCGAGCUCUUCAAGUAUGCUCAAGAGAAGCAGUUUGCCAUUCCCGCUAUCAACGUGACCUCUUCCUCCACCGUCGUUGCCUCUCUCGAAGCUGCCCGCGACCAGAAUUGCCCCAUUAUCCUGCAAAUGUCCCAGGGCGGUGCCGCCUACUUUGCCGGAAAGGGCGUCGCAAACUCCAACCAGGAAGCCUCCAUCGCCGGCGCCAUUGCCGGCGCCCACUACAUCCGUAGCAUCGCCCCGGCCUACGGCAUCCCCGUCGUCCUGCACACCGACCACUGCGCCAAGAAGCUCUUGCCCUGGUUGGACGGUAUGCUCGAUGAGGACGAGCGCUACUUCAAGCAGCACGGCGAGCCUCUGUUCUCUUCUCACAUGAUCGAUUUGUCCGAAGAGCCUGUGGACUGGAACAUUGAAACUACCGCCAAGUACUUGAAGCGCGCUGCUCCCAUGAAGCAGUGGCUCGAGAUGGAAAUCGGUAUCACCGGCGGUGAAGAAGACGGUGUCAACAACGAAGACGUUGACAACAACUCCCUCUACACCCAGCCCGAAGAUAUUCUCGCCAUCCACAACGCCCUCUCCCCUAUCAGCCCUUACUUCUCCAUUGCCGCCGGCUUCGGCAAUGUGCACGGUGUCUACAAGCCCGGUAACGUGCGCCUGCACCCGGAACUGCUCUCCAAACACCAGAAAUACGUCAAGGAGAAGAUCGGUUCUGCGUCCGACAAGCCCGUCUUCUUCGUUUUCCACGGUGGCUCCGGCUCCUCCAAGGCCGAGUACAAGGAAGCCAUCAGCUACGGCGUCGUCAAGGUCAAUGUCGAUACUGAUAUGCAGUUUGCUUACUUGUCUGGUGUCCGCGACUACGUCCUCAAGAAGAAGGAUUACCUGUUGACUACUGUUGGUAACCCCGAUGGCGCCGAUAAGCCCAACAAGAAAUUCUUCGAUCCCCGUGUCUGGGUCCGUGAGGGCGAGAAGACAAUGAGUCAGCGUGUCAAGGAGGCUCUUGAGGACUUCAACACUGCUGGUCAGUUGUAA